AAAAGAUUUAACUAAAAAUGACUUUUGAAGUCUUUCGAACCUUUUCUUUGAAUUCCACAAAUACCAAAGACGACUUAGAUUAUCCCAUCAGUUCAUUUCAACUAUACACUAGUCACUGGUAAACAAAAACUAUAGUAACCAAUCUAACCUCAUUUAUUCAUGAUCACUCUCUCAUGCGUUGUUAACACAAUUCUAUUUAAUUUUAGGAAAAUCCAUAUUAAAAAAAAAAAAAAAUCUGACUAGCUGCAUCGGAAAUCAUACCAAAAUUUGUUGUGUUUAUAAAAAGGGAUAAUUGUUCAAUCGUUCAUAAAAAAAGAAUUUUUUUUUUCUUUUAACUUUGGACCGUCUCCAUCAAGGGCUGGUAGGUGGUAAUGGAGGUUGCCGCUCUCUUUCUCUAUCAAAAUCUUGCUUGAGUAUCAAAACCUUAUUCAUCUCUCUUUUCUCCCAAAGCUUUUGCAACAAAUAAAGUCUCUCUCUCUCUCUCACUCGGUUUCAUAAAGGACAUAGAGAGACAAUGAUUGAGAAGGACAGGGACAGAGAGAGAGACAAAGUAGUAUAGAUUAUUAGGACACGGUUGUCUACUUUUUCUUGUGUCUUCUCUCUCUUUCAUAUUCUUCUUCAUCAUCAUCUCAUUGUCUGAUCUUCUUUAUUUAACCCUACUCUCUUUCCUUUCUCCCAUCCUCUCUCUUAAUAUCUCUGACGUACUCUUGGGAUCUGAUCUCUUUCCGGUGGUUAUUCCCGAUGAUAACUGUCAAAUCUUUUCCAUUUGCAUAACCUCUCCUUUUAGGAUUCUCUCUCUCUCUCUCUAGUUCUGAGUACUUUAUAGUGUAUUUCAUGAAGUGUUGGAUUUUUCCAAGUACAAGAGGAAGAUUCAAUAGGAUCUAGCUAGUUAUAUACAAUAACACAAAUCCUGAGGUUUUUGAAGGGGUUGAGUUGCAUCAGCCUGUUUUAGAGUUUUUUGAGGUAUAUACCCUAUCUUCCUUUUGAAGAUUCUACUCCAUCUUUAAUCCAAUCUUUUCUCUAUGUUUUUGGGUAUUUUUAUCGUCAGAUAUUUCCACAGAUAUUUACCAUUUUAUUUUUCUUGAUAAUUGUUGAUUUUUUUAAUUAUUAGCAUAAUUAUAAUGAUCAUGAUCAUCGUCCUCUCUCGUCCUACUCAAUGUUGCUGAUGGUACAAGCUAAGCAAAAUAUCAUCUUUAAGAGACUCGAUCGUGGGCUAGGUUUUUACAUAAUAUAUUCUGCUUUUCGUUUGGUGAUUUAAUUUACAGAAUGAUUCUCUUAAAGAAUGAUCAUCAUCCUAUAGAUAUUUCUCAUACUUUUCUUUGACUUUAUUUACUGAUACUUAAAAUCCUAUUAUCAGUUAAUCUAACAUAUAUGGGCUAUUGGUAAUUAGAAAUAUGGGAAAUCAUGGUUAAUUGGAAACUAGUAGUGAUGUAAUUUUAUGUAUCCUUAUUCCAUCUUCAAGCGUCCUUUGAAUCUAUUCCCAUUUAAUGGGCUUAAUAUAUCAAGUGAUUUUCUUUUUAAAAAAAUGUAUAGAUAUGUUUCUUCUUCCCACAAACUACUACCACAUGAAUGUCUUAAAUGAUAUAUAAGCCGGAAAGAUAACCCUAAGUAGUUUCUGGCUAAGUUAAAUGAAACGAUCAUAUAUUAAACAAAAUCUUGGAAACGAAAAACUGUUUUUCUUAAUUUCCAUUGACAUUUUCCUUCUUAUUAGUUUGCCGGUGCAAAUAUUUUUUUUUUUUAUUGGUAAAUGAAGUGAGUUCGUCUAACAUUUACUUUCAUGAUCCAUAACUUAACAGUCGUUGUUUCAUAUCAUAAACAGGCUAGUCUCAAUACGUACGGAGAAAUAAAGAAAUAAAUAAUGAAUUCGUUUUCACAAGUACCUCCGGGCUUCAGAUUUCAUCCUACUGAUGAAGAACUUGUUGACUACUACUUGAGGAAAAAAGUAGCAUCGAAGAGAAUAGAAAUCGAUUUCAUCAAUGACGUUGAUCUUUACAAGAUUGAGCCAUGGGAUCUUCAAGAGUUAUGCAAGAUAGGAAACGAAGAGCAAAGCGAAUGGUACUUCUUUAGCCAUAAAGACAAGAAGUAUCCUACAGGAACUCGAACCAAUAGAGCGACGAAAGCAGGAUUCUGGAAAGCCACCGGAAGAGACAAGGCUAUAUAUAUAAGACAUAGUCUUAUCGGUAUGAGGAAGACACUUGUGUUUUACAAAGGAAGAGCCCCAAAUGGACAGAAAUCUGAUUGGAUAAUGCACGAAUAUCGCUUAGAAACAAAUGAAAAUGGAACCCCUCAGGAAGAAGGAUGGGUGGUAUGUAGGGUUUUCAAGAAGAAAUUGGCAGCGACAGUGAGGAAAAUGGGAGAUUACAAUUCAUCACCAUCGCAUUGGUACGAUGAUCAGCUCUCUUUUAUGGCCUCCGAGCUUGAUUCUAGUUCUCCACGACAGUUUCUUCCCAAUCAUUAUUAUAAUCGCCACCAUCACCAUCACCAGCAGACAUUACCUUGUGGCCUCAAUGCGUCUUCAGCUUAUGCAUUCAACAACAACAACAACCCUAACUUGCAAUGCAAGCAAGAGCUCGAGUUACAUUACAAUCACAUGGUACAACAUCAGCAACAAAACCAUCAUCUGCGUGAAUCUAUGUUCCUCCAGCUUCCUCAGCUCGAAAGCCCUACUAGUAAUUGCAACUCUAACAACAACAAUAACACAAGAAAUAUUGGUAAGUUGCAGAAAUCAUCAAAUAUCUCUCAUGAGGAACAAUUGCAACAAGGGAAUCAAAGUUUCAGCACUCUUUAUUACGAUCAAGGAGUAGAGCAAAUGACUACUGAUUGGAGAGUUUUCGAUAAAUUUGUUGCUUCACAGCUUAGCAAUGAAGAGGCUGCAGCCGAGGCUUCUACCUCUUCUCAUCAAAACAACGUCAAGAUUGACACAAGAAACCCGGUUUAUCAAGUGAUAGAUGAGGGAAUAAAUUUGCCGGAGAAUGAUUCUGAAAGGGUUGUUGAAAUGAGAGAUGAGUAUACAAAUUCUCAUGCUGCUUCUACUUCUUCGAGUUGUCAGAUUGAUCUCUGGAAAUAGUGAAAAAAGUGAAGAAGAUGAAAGAUGAAUAUAUAUGACAAUACAUGCACACUAGUGCUAUGUAGAUGAUAAUGGUCACAGUUUUAUACUUAAAGAUGGAAGGGAAAAAACAAGGAGUUAUUUCCCUGAUUUAUGGAGGUUUUGUACAUAAUAAAAACCUACAACUACAUGGUGUUAUUGUUAGGAUAUGUAUAUUUCCAUCUCUA